UUUGGGGAGUAAUGGGACCUAAUGCCCAAAUAUGACGUUAUUUUCUUGCAUCAGCCUGGUGGUCCAGCCGGGGAUAUAAAAACCAUUCCUGACUCAGGGAGCUUCCAGCGGGUCCUGUUGGCUUCUCCUCGGUGAACUGAGUCCAGCCCAGCCGCAAGAUGUCCUGCGAGAAAACCGUGUGCGCCGAGCCCUGCCCCGACCCGCGGGCCGCCGCCUGCAACGAGCCCUGCGUGGUGGCCUGUCCCGACUCGCGGGUCAUCAUCUUCCCGCCACCCGUGGUCGUCACCUUCCCGGGGCCCAUCCUCACCACGUACCCGCAGGAGACCGUGGUGGGCUCCACCGAGUCGGCCGAGCUGGCCGGGGCGCUGGAGGCGGGCGUGCCCAUCGGGACGGGCCAGAAGGGCCUGGAGUGCCUGGAGACCUGCUGCGUGCCGCAGUUCGUGGCCAAGUGUGACCCCCCGUGUGUCACCCAGUGUGCCCCGCCCUGUGUCACUCCGUGCGCUGUCCCGUGUGCCACCAAAUGUGCCCCGCCCUGUGCCCCGCCUUGUCCCCCACCCUGUCCCCCGCCCUGUCCCCCGCCCUGUGCCCCGCCUUGUGCCCCACCUUGUGCCCCGCCCUGUCCUCCGCCCUGUCCCCCACCCUGUCCCCCUCCCUGUGCCACCAAGUGCGCCACCAAGUGCGCCCCGCCGUGCCCCGCGCCGUGCCCCGCGCCCUGCGCCACCAAGUGCGUGACCAAGUGUGUCCCCACCUGCACCACGCCCUGUGCCACGCCCUGCGCCACGCCCUGUGCCACGCCCUGUGCCACCAAGUGCGUCCCUGAGCGCUCCUACACCUUCUCCACCCGCUGGAAGCACCCGUGCCAGAGGGGGCUCUGCAAGAAGAUCUGAGCGGUUUUUGAGGGAAAGAACCACGGAAAGGAACGAGGGAAGAAGCGAAGGAAUACGGAAUGUGACCCGAAGGCUGCCGGAGAGGGAAGCGCCGCUGGAAACCAGGACCCUGCGUUUUAAGUCUACGAUAGAGCUUUAGUUUAGUUCAGGCUUUUCUUUCUUCUUGGGGCUUGGCCUCUUCUGUCUGUGCUUUGGACUUUCUCUGCCCAGUUUGACACCGAGCGUGGAUCGGAGCCGAGGGAUUUGGGGAAUGGUAGGGAUUGGAAGGUCUCAGCAAGUGUGAGGGGAGGGUGUGUCAGGCUGGAAGGGGUCAGGCUAAAGCGGGUGAUUGCAAUUUUGGGUGAUUUUGGGUGAUUUUGGGUGAUUUUGGGUGAUUUUGGGCUUUUCUCGGAGUCGGCUCCUCUUUGUCUGCAUUAUUCUCUCUUCAAAUGUUCGACUCCACUUUGCAUUCCCAUUAAAAUGCUGCUGCAUCAAA